CAAACCUCUCCUCGCUGCUGCGAUUCUCUGGUCUGCUGCGAAGUUGUUUUGGAGCGCGCCGGGGACGCUCCGGCGAAGUUGCAGCCGCCCUUCUGCCCCGGGGGUGGCUCGGCUCGGUUUCCCCGCGCCCGCCGGGGAAAAGUUCUGCCGCUCCCAGCAUCUCAGAGCCGGCAUGCUGGAGCCUCUGCCCGCUGCCUCCGGGGGACGAGAGGCGGAGAGGAGGCGGCAGCCCGGAGGCUCUUGAAAGGGGGGGAGGAAGGAAGAAGAAGCGAUCUCCGAAGGAAGAUUUGGGGAGGGGGGAGAGAAAGGCGGCAGGAGGGGCGCGUCGCCCCCCGGCCCCCCUCCCAGCUAUGGAAGAUGGGGUGAAGCAGGAGAUUCCCGAAAAACCAAAAUGUGCUUCUACUGCCGACAAAGUGGGCUGGGUCAAGAAGAGCAGCGGCGGGAUCCUGGGCCUCUGGAAAGAGCGUUACAUUCUGCUUUGUAAAACUCAGCUCUUGAUGUAUGAAGAUGAGGAUGAACAGAAGUGUGUGGAAACAGUGGAGCUGGAAAACUAUGAGAAAUGCCAAGAGUUGCGCGCUCUCCUGAACAGGAAACAUCGGUUCAUUUUAAUUCGGUCUCCAGGUUACAAGGUGCAUGAUAUCAAAUUUCAGGCAUGUCAUAAAGAAGAAAAGGAGUCCUGGAUGAAAGCCCUCAAUGAAGGCAUCAGCCGAGGCAAAAACCGAAUCUUCGAUGAGGUGAAAGUUGACGAAAGCCUUUCUCUGGAGCAUGUGACCCGAGGCAGAGCCAAAAUGGGGCAAGGCCGUCGUCCCCCAACCAGAAGCCAUCUAAAAGAGGUUGCCAAUGCCGUGUCCGACGGGAUCCUGAGACUUGACUUGGACGUGCCGGACAGUGGCCCUCCAAAUGCCACCUUGGUAACGAGCGACCAUGUGAAAGUGCCUCCUCCUAACGAAAAGGUCAAACCACCCAUGCCCCCUGCAAAACCGCUUGCCGAGGAGCAGAAUCCAGAUUCGAUGCCGGAGGAGCUCGAAGUCAAGAAACCCCCGAUGCCUCCUGCUAAGAAUCUGAAAGACACCGAAACACCCAGUGACAGUCAAGGGGAUGGGUGUGUUCAAGUGGGAAACGCCGAAGAAUCAAAAGUUGGCCCAGAGGUGGAGAAUUUGAUGGAAGUCGGUGACCACGCUCCCAAAGUCCCGGUCCCUCUCCCGAGGGCUCUGUCUGUCAAGAUGAGGGUAACAUGGGAUGACCCAGCUUCUGAACGGCCGGUUGUCGAUGACGGGAAUCCGCCUGCAGCUGGCAGCCAAGAAAGCCUCCAUGAAGAUGCCAAAGAGGUGGCCAAGCCCCCAACCCCCCCGCCUAAAAUUCUGUCGGAGAUGUUGAAAGCCAGCAUGGACUCCAACCGGGGGGGCUCAGCGGUUGAUGCUUCCGAAGACGAUCAGAGACACGAUGACCCAACCCCCCCAGUGAACGGCAUUAACGGGGAAGGAAUUACAGGGCUGCCGGACUUGGGACCGAGGGAAGAGGAACUCCUUUUGCAAGAGCAGAGAGAAAAUUCCUCGGCGCAAGAAGCAAACGAGGAGAGCUUGAACCUUCCGGGUUUGCAGGAGUCUGCAGGAAGCUGUUCGCCUCUCAUGCCUCGGUCGUCCUCUGUGGGGGACCUGUUGACGGAACCAAAAAAGAAGCUCUUCCCAGGGCAGGAUCUUCAACUGGGACCUGCCCUCUUCAUCACCCCGAUGGAAAAGAAGGUCGCUUGUGAACGAGAGAGAACGGAGAGGCUUCUGCAGCAAGUUCUAAACGAGCAGCCCCGUGAGGUCAAUGGACCGCCAACGAACAGGGAGACGCUGCUCAGCAAGGCAGUGGAGGAGCUUCGGCAAGCCACGCAGGCCUUGCAAGAGACCAGAGAACUGAAAAAGGAAGCUGGGGAGAGGCGCAAAGAUGUGCCGAAGGAUCUAAUGACUCUGUAUAGGAGAAGCGCCCCCUGAGUGGGAAGACAUUCUCCGUUAUGAUUUAGCUGCAAGGUUGCCACCUAAGAUUGUACAACUAGGCCAGUGUUUUUACAAAAGGGUGUGUGCGUGUGUGUUUUGUUGUAUGAUCCCAGCUGGAAAUUUCUGCUUGAUUUUGCAUUGCCCGUUGUAUACGCUUGGCUCUUUAGCUGUGGGCUGGACGCCCCAGGUGGGUCACCUGCGUGGAGAUCGAUAGUGCAGGGACUUUGUGAGUGAUCAGUUGAUUAUAGAAAGCAAGCAUUUGCAUGUGCAUAUGGACGGGGGCAGGGGGGGGUCUUCCCACUCUUUAAGAGGUCUUGAACAGGAACUUUAGAAACAAUGGCUGAAAGGCAAAUAGCUGUGUCCUCUUUCUUAGCAAGAGAUUUGGGGGGGGGGGGGCGUGUUUGAGCCAAAGGCCAGAAGCAUACCUGCUGAUGUAGCCUUUGAUACUGAGAGCUGGUAUAGCACAGUGGCUAAGAGAACGAGCUUCAAAUUGGACACUAUCUGGUUUGACUUUUACUUCUGCUAUGAAUUCACUUAGGCAAGCCCUUCCCUCCUUUCAAAUCCCUUUGUGGGGAUAAUAAUGCUGACCUAACCUUCCAAGAUGGGUAACCAUGUUAGUCUGUCUGUAGCAAUAGAAAAGGACAAGAGAUCAGUAGCACUUAUA